AUGCCAUUUAUUUUGUUCUUCACCUUUCAAUGGCAUAUUUUACUACUCUAUGCCGCCUGGUAUUAUUACGAUAGGAACUCGCCAAAACGUGGCGGAUAUGCUAGUGAAUGGGUUCAACGAUGGACAGUGCACAAAUGGUUUGCCGACUACUUCCGUCACUUUCUUCAAACAAAACGUGUCGAUCUAUCACCGUAA